AUGCCGGCUCCGUCCCGGCCGGCGGGUGCCCUCUUCCGCAACCUCGCCCGAUCAAGUCGGCGGCCUUUCGCCCUCCCAUUGCCGGCGAGCCAUACCAUCGCAGCCUCUAUUACGACAUCGCCAUCACCUCGAUGGCACUCCACGUCCUCGUCCAACUCGUCACAGAAUUUCUCAUCUGUCAACCCCGAUGAGGUCUCACACUUCAAUGCGCUCGCCGCCGACUGGUGGGAUCCUCAUGGCUCCUCCCGGCUACUUCAUCUCAUGAAUCCUUUACGUCAUGACUUCAUCCGCGCUUGUCACCGCACCGACCCCGAUUCUCCCACUCGAGACCUGACGUUCCUUGAUAUUGGCUGCGGCGGUGGUAUCUUUGCCGAAAGUGCAGCUCGUUUACCGACUACCAGGCAUGUCACUGCUAUCGAUCCCACCCCCGAAGUGCUCGCUGUAGCACGUUCACACGCUCGCAAAGAUCCUGGUCUUCGCUCCAAGCUCCAAUAUCGGCAAACAUCAAUCGAAAAUCUUCCUAUCCCUGCGACACCACAAGAGGCCUACGAUGUGGUCUCAUUGUUCGAGGUUAUCGAGCAUAUCGAUGCUCCAGGCGCAUUCCUAGAAAAGGUGCGCCCCUUCGUCAAACCUGGGGGAUGGCUUGUUAUGAGCACCAUCGCGCGAACGUGGAUGAGUUGGUUUACCACCAAUUUCAUGGCCGAGGACGUUCUGGGUAUUGUUCCCAAGGGAACACACGACUGGAACAAGUAUCUCAACGAGGAAGAGUUGCGAACUUUCCUCGCCGGUCGAGGCUGGAGCCACCCAAUGGUGCAGGGUGUAAUAUAUAUCCCUGGGCUUGGGUGGAAGCAGGUCGAUGGCAGUGAAAAGGUAGGCAACUACUUCUUCGCUAAAAGUUUGGGGUUGCAAAUGAUCAAAUGAAAGUCAAUUGUAAUAUAGUGUAAAAUGAUUGCUUGGUUCACCAGCUGAAAGGCUAUGGGGAUUUGUUAACUAUUAAAUUGGCAUGAUUCUCGUCAUGGGAACUUGAUCCUAGUCCACCAUAUUUCGAUUGGUGAGACUAUUCCCCUCUGCCGUGGUCGCUCAGCUUACCCAUUGUAGAAAAGAGCGUACUUACUGUAAGGCUGGGAGGUUCUCGUUUGCAAAGUCAGUCAGAACUAGCAGUUCCUAAUGUCGGAAUGUGCACCACCGAACCAGUAACGUCGCAAAGCAUGUUGCGGCUGUGCGAGCUGAUACAGCUCCACGCUCCUAUAUCAUCCUAGCACUAAUAAGGAUUUACAGCUUACUGGGUAUAUGAUCCUUGGCGUAACAGGUUUUCGUGUUGCACAACAACUCA